AUUGACGCAGGCGGUUUCCCUACACUCUCAGUGAAAAAUGAAAAGAGUCCUAUAAAAAGGAAACAAAAAGCAACUGCAGGUUUCGAUCUUGCUACAGUGCUAGCUGCUUAAACCUUCUGUUACUGCAGCUGGAGAGGUCUUUUUUCCCCCUUUUUACAGCGUCUGCAGAAAAGGAUUUGCCAGCCUGGCUGGUGGAAUCUAACAGGAGCAUGAGUCCUUCCGCAUCACUGUCGGCGGCUUUCUUCAUUGCGGCCUUAUCUGUGCGAACACUCUGCCAGGAAGGAUAUGUGAAAGGAAUUGGUGGCACGCCUGUCUUGGCAGAGGGUGGUGGUGUACCCGAAUACAUAAGGCCAAGCUUAGACUACGAGACCACAGACUUCAAUGGAGUCUUCACGCGUUCCAUGAGGAGAGUGCUGCGACAAGUCCGCAGGCGGCACAAUUACUACAGAAGGCGGCACGAACCAGAGCCUCUCGAGUCGGAUGAUAGCGUAAGAAAGGAUGCCGUUGACGCAUGGUACAACAAAAUCAGGCUGUACAACUUCAACAACAAUCAUCCCCAAUAUGGCACGGGAGAGUUCGCUCAGAUCGUUUGGAAGGAGACGACCGCUCUGGGAACCGGCAUCGCCCUCGGGAACGGCAGCACGUACUAUUUGGUGACGGUCUACGAUCCCAGAGGAAACAUCCGAGGCGAGUACUUCAACAACGUGAAGAGGCCUAACGUGGAAGGAGGCGGGAUUCGUCCGGUGCUUCCACCACAGCAAGUGCCCGCGCCAAUGCCACAGCCGAUCCCGGUGCCAUUGCCAGCGCCUGUGCCAACGCCAUUACCAGAGCCACUGCCAGCGACAAUGCCAGCGCCAAUGCCAGCACCAAUGCCAAGGCCACAGCAAACUUCCGGGCAAGGAGCAGUGACAAUAAAUAGGGAGGUGCAGAACCAAGCCGGCCAGCCGCUUUUCAGGCUAAAAGGAUGUCCUGGUAACAAACCGAUCUUUCUAAAACUUAAUCUAAGACCCAGCUAGCGAAAGCGUAAUACUUAGGGGCCGGUCUCGCGCGCGGAUUACACAGGCAUUCCUGCGCUCCAUCGCUUUAGACACAGAUAGACGCGCAGGAGUGACAUGUGCUUCUUGCUUUUCGGUUUUCCGAAGUGUAUGCGGUGUUCAACAGGAAGUGAACGUGACUUUAACUGUUUUUUGAGGAUUUUUAGUAUCCUUAGCUUACCCUCUGCAUCACUUGUAAUGCUUACUCCUCGGUGAACUUUUGCCCCGGUUCAACGCGUCUAAUAAAGAAAGAGAAAUAAAAA